AUGCAAGGCAGUCACCUUGAGGAAUGGAAGAGAGCUAGAAGAAAUGUCGUCGAAAAAGAAGAACAUAGCAGAGCGAACAGUCCAUCCGCUAAGCGAGCUGAACCAAAGCAAACAAUCACAGAGCAACAUGUAGAGGAAGUGGUGCGUCUACCCCCUCCCUUUCCACAGCGACUUCAGAAACAGAAAGCAGUUUCGGCUUGCAAGAAAUUUCUCGAACUCUUAAAACAGGUACACAUCAACAUACCUUUGGUGGAGCUUUUGCAAGAAGUCCUAAAAUAUGCUAAAUAUAUUAAAGAUGUGGUCGCGAACAAAUGGCGUUGGACAGAGUUUGAGACUGUUGCACUUACUGAGGAGUGCAGUUCUAGAUUGAGGAGUAAAAUUCCUCCAAAGUUGAAAGAUCCGGGCAGCUUCACAAUUUCGAUUACGAUUGGCAACAUUGAAGUUGGGCUAGCAUUGUGUGAUUUAGGAGCUAGUAUUAAUAUGAUGCCCACUUCUGUGUUCCGAACGUUGGGUUUGGGAGAGCCUAGGCCAACCACUAUUACAUUGCAGUUGGCUGAUCGAUCUCUUGCUUAUCCUGAUGGCAUUAUUGAGGAUGUUCUUGUGAAAGCAGAUAAGAGUGUCCCUCUCAUUAUGGGGAGAGGAUUCUUGGCUACUGUUGAUGCUGUGAUCCGAGUGAAAGAUGGGAAGAUGUCCAUGACAGUUAAUGGACAAGAGGUGACUUUUGAUGUGUUUAAAGCUACCAACCUUCCAUCCCAUUAUGAGGAGUUGAAAAUGAUUUUUGCGGUGGAGCCCGAGCUCACUAAUGCCGAGUUAGAUCACUUUCUAGCUUCGCGAGGUCCGUUGGAGACAGCGUUGGUGUAUGGGGAAGAUUUGAAAAUUGACGCAGAAGUGGAGGAGUGUCUUAGCACUCUUGACACUUUAUGUGCUUAUCUACGAGCACGUACACCGGUUGAGGAGCUAGAUAGACCAGAGUCAUGGAAGAAGCCGAAACCAUUUUAUUGA